AUGAAGCAUCUUCAUCUAACGAAACAUCUCGAAUUGGUUAAACAAGUCAUCCGGAAAGCAAAUCAUCAUACGAUCGAAUCCAGAAGAUCUACCGUUACUGUACCAAUUGCAAAAACGACAGGAAAAGAAAAAGUUGCAAAAAAGAAAGUAAAUUGGAAAGAGCGGACAAAAGCACUUCUUGUAAGGGAACUAAAAAGUGAGUAUAAACGAUACGGUGAAUUAGUGAAACGAAACACGGCACAAUGUAAUUUGAUUCGAUAUGCGCUUAGAGAUGAUUAUAGAAAUUUGGUUGCUUACACACAUGCUUACCUCGAUUCCCUCAGUGAAAAGUCGCUUGCGGAUCGAGAAGAUGAUGAGAUUUUUAGUGUUGCCUUAGUGCUGGUUGCUCGUCGUUACAGUCAUUAUUCAAGAAAUCAAUCAUUGGCGAACUCACAGGAGCCUCUGCAGCUGUUUUUCUCACUAGCAAAUUUAAUGGAGCAAAUGCCAAUACAAGGAGAUGAUACAAAAGCAUCCUGGAUACUUCUUCUGGAUCGUUUUGAAAGAUGGAUUGGAGUUCGAACAAUUGAUGGAAAGUCGAAUGAUAUUGACGAUGUGCACAUUGAACUGAGGCGUAAAUUAACUUCCCAGGCAGGAUUAGGCUCUUUACCGCGAUUUUACAAUCGAUUUUUGUUUACUGAUGAGGAUCAAGUGGUGAUUCGUUUUCGAGAGCGUGAACUUUUUGGCAAAAAUGCCGUUUACAGGGAUGAAGAGAAAGAAUGGCCGUAUGAUAAGGAUCUCAAACUUGUUAGUGGUUUGCAUGAGCCUGCUUCGAGAGAUGAAUAUCGUGGAUCGCCAUAUUCUAAUAUCUGUUUUGCAGAGGAUCAAUACACAAAGAAAUUUGCUGAGCAACUGCAAAGAGAAGCCGACCGGUAUUUAUUUGUAAAAAAUUUCAAUCGGAAAUCGGAUGAAAUUCCGGUGGAAGGUUUGAUUAAAGAAUGGAACUGGUACAGAAGUAUAUUAGAAUGUUUAACAUUGCGUGUAGAAGAAUUGCGGCAGUAUCCUUUGAAGGAUUUUAUGAGCGUUGUGGAUUUGCGAAUCUGUACCUCACUUAUACUGUCAACGAUAAUGUCAAUAUGUGCCCAAGGUGAAGAAUUGGUUCCUUCUACUACAUUUAACUACUGUUUAGCAAAUCCCAUUUUAAACGUUAUUGGACAGAUGUUUUUGCAGAAAGUAUCGAAAACUAUAACUAAGAUGCAAGACGAAAUUUUUUCUGAUUACGUUAAGUAUUUUCUGGACGAGGAAGUUUCACGACAAUACACUGUACGUGAAUGGUGGAUGCAAUGUGCUUCUCGAAUGCAUAUAAGCCCUCAGCUUAAACUUCCCUGUGCUGAUUUCGGAUCCGGAAUACGUGAACAGCUUGGCUCAUUCUUAACAUCUGUCGUUUUGGAAGCAUGCCAAGCACAUAUCAAAGCUGGUGAUCUUGGGAAGACUAUAUCUAUUCCGGUGUUCUCCUACAAAGAUGUUGUUAAUGAAGAGAGUUCUUUUGAUGGAGAGGUUUUAUGUGUAACGAAAAUGGUAAAAAUAUGUAAUGCAAUGAUGGAAGUUGUGAGCAAGCAUCAAUUUGAAUGGAUGGUUUUCCCUACUGAUUUAUUGCCUAUGGAAGUACCUCCGCGACCAUGGUUGGAUUCUGGAGAAGGUGGACCGUAUUAUGGAUCUUCUUUCAAUGUGUUAAGGCCACAUCCUGAUUAUUCAAUGAUAAACGUAAAUUACGAAAUGAAAAAGCGGCUGAAGUCACGCAAACAAGCUCGACCUGUUUUUGAUGCAUUGAAUGAUUUGGGUAUUACGCCGUGGAAAAUAAAUGAGCCUGUUCUUGAUGUGGCUCUUAAGGUCUUUGAAAUGGCUCAAACGAAUACGGAUGAAAAGUUUUUGGAGAAGUUGUCGAUACCAAUUCAUCCAAGCAGAGUUCCGAUACCGGAUUAUGUAGUUAAAUUCGGAAAUAUGGAAGUAGAUGAACUGCCGAUCAAUGAUUGGCGAGAGUACUCAAAAGCGAAAUAUGAAGCUAUGAAAAAAAGGAACGAGUUGAAUUCGUUAUGGUGUUGGCUGCUUUAUCGUUUGACGAUGGCAAACCAUUUUAAAGGAAGUGUACUUUUCUUUCCGCAUAGUAUGGAUUUUCGAGGACGUGUUUAUCCAAUAACUCCAUACUUGAAUCAUAUGGGUGAUGAUUUAAAUCGUUCGCUGUUGGUGUUUGCAGAAGGUCGACCACUGGGUGACGAUGGUUUGCGGUGGCUAAAACUUCACUGUAUAAAUUUGACGGGUAUUUUAAAGAAGGAGUCGAAUUUCUCCCGAGUGGCAUAUGCUGAUGAAAUGUUGCCGAAAAUAUUGGAAAGUGCGAACGAGCCCUUAUCAGGUGAAAUGUGGUGGACGAAGUCAGAAGAACCGUGGCAAACUUUAUCCGCAUGUAUAGAAAUUAGGAAUGCUUUACAAACUGGUAAUCCGACGACUUUCGUGAGUCACUUACCGGUAUAUCAGGAUGGUUCAUGCAAUGGUUUGCAGCAUUAUGCAGCACUAGGUAGAGAUCAGGAAGGUGGAAAAGAAGUGAACUUAGUACCGGCUGAAAAGCCAUCCGAUGUUUAUUCCAGUGUAGCUGCUAGAGUUGAACAAAAACGUUUGGAGGAUGAACAAAGUCCAGAAUCUGAAGUUCAUGAUUUGGCUUUGUCAUUACGUACCGUUAUGCCAGGUCCUAUUUCGAGAAAAGUGAUAAAACAAACAGUAAUGACCACUGUUUAUGGUGUAACAAUGAAUGGAGCACGAAGACAAAUCGAAAGACAGCUUAAAGCGAUGGAAAUAGAUUCGAAUGAACGUAUGAAGUACGCAACCUAUUUGGCAGACAGGACAUUUCGAAGUCUAAACGACGCUUUUACUAGUUCAAUGAAAAUGAAAGACUGGUUUCGCGAUUGUGCGGAAGCAAUUGUAAAACUGAUGCAUACAGUGGAGUGGAUUACACCUCUUGGUUUACCUGUUUAUCAACCCUAUUUAGAGACGAAAAUGGAGGAAAAUAAAGUUUAUCGACUACCUAAAUCGAUCAAGCAGAUUAACGCAUUUCCUCCAAAUUUCGUACAUUCGUUGGAUUCAACCCAUAUGAUGUUAACUGCUUUAUACUGCCGACGAUUGGGUAUUACAUUUGCAGCAGUACAUGAUUGCUAUUGGACGCAUGCUUGUGAGGUGGACGAGAUGAAUAAGAUAUGUCGAGAACAAUUUGUGCAUUUGCAUAGCGAACCACUAGUAAAGCAAUGUGCAGAAUUCUUCCGACAGAAAUAUUUGCCGAAUUGGUUACGUACUGUUAUGUUAACCGAAGAAUUCCAAGAACUACGGAAAAUAUUCACACCAAAAGUUCGACAAGGCGUGCUUGACCUAGAUGCUGUGCGACACUCCACGUAUUUCUUUUCCUAA